ACGCAACUCCGCCCCGCAGCCUGUGCAGGAUUCAUCGUGGCCCUGCAGGGUAGGCAACAUGAGACUGGAAGCGAUCCGCUACUCGCCGGGCUCGCUGCAGAUCCUAGACCAGCUGCAGCUGCCAGAACACUGCCACUACGAGGCACUGAGCUCCGUGCAGCAGGCCAAGGAAGCCAUCCGCGCCAUGAAGGUGCGCGGCGCCCCGGCCAUCGCGCUGGUCGGCUGCCUCAGCCUGGCCGUGGAGCUGCGGGCCGGCGCCGGCGGUCCCGGACUCGCUGCUCUGGUGGCCUUCGUGCGAGACCAGCUGCGCCUCUUAGUCGCCGCCCGGCCCACCGCUGUCAACAUGGCCCGCGCCGCCCGCGAUCUGGGUCAGGUGGCAGCCCAGGAGGCGGAACGAGAGGGUGCCACUGAAGAGACCGUGCGGGAAAGAGUGAUCCGCUUCGCCGAGGAUAUGUUGGAGAAGGAUCUCAAAGACAACCGGAGCAUCGGGGACUUGGGAGCCCGCCAUCUUCUAGAGCAGACCAACCCCAAGGGUGGCAAGGUGACCGUGCUGACCCACUGUAACACGGGUGCUCUGGCCACGGCUGGGUAUGGUACAGCAUUAGGUGUGAUCCGCUCACUGCAUGAGAUGGGCCGAUUGGAGCAUACUUUCUGCACAGAGACCCGGCCCUACAACCAGGGAGCCCGGCUAACAGCCUUCGAGCUGGUGUACGAGCAGAUCCCUGCGACUCUCAUCACUGACAGCAUGGCGGCGGCUGCCAUGGCACAUCGGGGUGUGUCAGCCGUGGUGGUGGGAGCUGACCGUGUUGUUGCCAAUGGAGACACAGCCAACAAAAUAGGCACCUAUCAGCUGGCCAUUGUCGCCAAACACCACGGUGUCCCCUUCUAUGUGGCUGCCCCCAGUUCAUCCUGUGACCUCCAUCUGGAGACUGGAAAGGAGAUUGUCAUAGAGGAACGCCCCAGCCAGGAGCUAACUGACCUGAAUGGAGUCAGGAUUGCUGCACAGGGGCUCCACCCGAUCCCAAGAACCGGAAAAACAGAUGCAACAGGUAAAGCACACCCAUGUCUGAGUCAGUGCAAAGGUCCUGGGGUGGAUUCUGAGAUUCUUAAAAUCCUAGGGGCAGGCAAGAGUUGGGUAGAAACCAUCCAUAAGGCUGAAGCCUUCCUGGGAAGCAUGAAGAGGCUGUGCUCUUUCUUGGCCUCUGCUUGCAUCCCUGCAUUAAUUGUAUGUGUGAAUCACUAGAGUCUCGGGACUCUGUAGUCUAAGAAUUACUGUGGUGAGGACAAAUGCCAACAGUCAGGGAGUUCUCAGAGCCAACCCCCAGCCUCAC